CAGAGUGGGAGAGGGGGAGGUGAAGACAGCCGGGCAAGCUGCGUCUCUGCUAGGCUGUUUCCCUUCCUCCUUGUUUUUUCUCAGCCAGAGUAGUUUGGAAAAUCUGCUCUGGGUGCCUCCGAGCCUGUCUUGCAACGCCCAGAAGAGCGGGGUGUAACGCUGGUGGCCAGACACCUGGCCCUCCCUUAGCCCUACUGGCACAGUCCCAGGACAGGACAUGUCAAGCUGCAACACCCCUGGGGGCCCCACUGCCCUGGACUUUCCAGAAGUCCUGAAGUCCCUACUGGAGUAUUCCUUGCCCUGGACCAACAAGAUGACAGAUAAAGAGAAGGAGAAAAUAAAGCUUGAAGAAGAUGAGGCAGCAGCUGCCAGCACUAUGGCAGUCUCAGCUUCCCUCAUGCCACCCAUUUGGGACAAAACUAUUCCUUAUGAUGGCGAGUCUUUCCACCUGGAGUACAUGGAUCUGGAUGAGUUCCUGCUGGAGAAUGGGAUUCCUUCCAGCCCUACUCACCUGGAUUUGAAUCAGAAUCCACUCUUGCCCGUGGCUGAGCUGGAAGGAAAGGAACCUGCUGGUGCUUCCACUGGUUCUCCUGCAUCAUCCUCUUCCACUGCAGUUUACCAGCAAUCUGAAGCAGCCUCCAGCACAGAGUCCCCACCACAAAAUGAGAGAAAUACGCCCAGCCCCAUUGAUCCUGACUGCGUAGAAGUUGAGGUGAAUUUUAACCCUGACCCUGCUGAUUUAGUGCUGUCCAGUGUGCCUGGUGGUGAGCUCUUCAAUCCUCGCAAACACAAGUUUACUGAAGAGGACCUGAAACCACAACCUAUGAUUAAAAAAGCCAAGAAGGUUUUUGUCCCAGAUGAGCAAAAGGAUGAAAAAUAUUGGACAAGGCGAAAGAAGAACAAUGUGGCAGCAAAGCGUUCCCGUGAUGCUCGGCGAUUAAAGGAGAAUCAGAUCACAAUUCGGGCAGCCUUUCUUGAGAAAGAAAAUACAGCCCUGAGGACGGAGGUUGCAGAGCUGCGCAAGGAAGUGGGACGAUGCAAGAACAUUGUUUCUAAAUACGAGACCAGAUACGGACCCUUGUAAGCACACCCCUUCUCCUUGUUAGGGCUCUUUGUUUUAGCCUCUUAGACCUCUCUGCCCUCUGUAGAGACUCCCAAAAAUAAAGUUUAUGGAGGCUUUGCCAUUUUGCAUCUACAUUAGAAAAAAAGCAACAAAACACAAACAAACCCUGUUUCUGUUUGCACAACUUGUUCAGGCCCUUUCCUGAUCAUUGUGUUGUCCAAACUCUUAGUGUCCAUAUUUACAACCUUGUUUUUAACACUGAUAGAACAUUUUCUGAUGUCAUACAAUCAAACAGAUUCACUGGAGGAAUAAAUGUGAAUCCCUCCAGAAUGGACAGUGCUUUUGCUAUCUGUUCUAACCUUCAUUUUAAGUGGAGAAAGAGCCUAGGAGACUCUCUUCUCUCUCUCUCUUUUUUUUUUUCUUUUAAAUUUUCAAACUCUUGCUCUUUUCUCCUCUCCAUUCCACCUACCCCUCCCAGUAAAAGUGUUAAACAUAAUUUUAGGAUGUAAGUAGAUGUUGCUGGGCAGCAUCAUGAAAUUGUUUCCUCUCCCAUUUAGAGGCACGAAAAAGUACCUGGUGUAUAGAACUCUAACCCUGUUGAAGAGGGAUAGGGGAACCUUUAGGACAGGAGGACAGAAAAAUCAAUCUCUUGUAAAAACAAAGUAUUGUGGGGUUAAUCCAUGAGUGUUAUGCAGAAUGGAGUCGGUGCAGUUUUGAUUACAAUACUGCCUAAAUGUCUUGGUAGGGUCUAAUCCUGGAUAACUUGCAGAAUCCAAGGAGAGAAAACAGUAGUGAAUCACUCACUUUACAAAUGUGGACAAAAUAAUUUCAUGUGGAUUCUAGACUGUAUUUCUACCACCACCCCUCUUUUUUUUCCUUAGAGGGUCUUCCCUCUUGAACUGCUGAUAAAGCAGCAUAUUGCACUUAACUGAGAAGUAAAGGAGAUUUAGAAAAAGAGGCCUGGCUCAUUAGGCUAAACUUUGAGUCCAGCAGUUAAAAUAUGGCCAGUACCUUAUGCUUUGAAAAAAGGGCCUUUUUUUAAGAAGUAAACAAGCCACUGUUACUUUACUGCACCUUACCAGUUGUGCAAGAGAUUGAGAAAGAGUUUUAGUCCUUUGUCUCAUGAACACACUAUGGGAUAAGCUACACCCACUAUAAACAUGAACAGUUUACCUCACUAUCUCCUGUGUAGCAGCAUAUCUGGUCUCUCCUUGCUUGCUGGUUCUAUCUCGAGCAUGUUUCCUGAUAGAAAAUUAGCACACAAGACUUGCCCUCUGGUGCACCAUUCUGAGCGCCAAGCACUGCUUCAACAGUAUGUGGUGUUAAAACAAAAAAUAUCCUGUUUUUGAUGUUGAGACCUUCUAUAUGACCUGCAAUUGCAAGAACUAGAAGCUUUACCAGAAGUCCUCUUAACAAGAGAGGCUGUCUUAAGUGGCUGUGUCAGAACUCUUUGGCUAUACUUCCUGGGAUACUAUUUGUGUUAAGGAGUAAAUGUGGGAUGAUGAUGUUGAUGGUAGUUGCAGUUCCUCUACUGAAAUCUGAAAAUAUAUUAAAAAAGCAUUAGGGUUUAUUUUCUACGAUGAAGACUAGCAUGUCUUUUAAACAUAAUGUGGAAAUUAUGAGUUAGAGCAAUUUUGUAUUGACUUCUUAAGGAAGUGGAGAAGCAGGCUAAUCCACAACACUUAAUGUAUGCUUUGAACUAUUCCCCUCCUGUUAAGCUCUUAAUUUGACUAGAGUGGCUCUUGAUGCAGUGUUGGUCUAAUUUCUUUUCAAACAUACUAAAGAUUGUCACCCUUUCAGCAGGGGUUUUUCUUUCACAGGGUGGUUUGUGGUGGUGAUGGUGGGAAGUAUGUUAUAAAUAAAUUGUCACACUUAACACUUUGCUUUGUUUAAAGUGACUUAUCUGAUUCCGAGUGAUGCAACUUUAAAGACUUUUAAAAACAAAGAAACUAAAAAGCACACAUGAAUCGCCAGUCUUCAGAGUGAGCAGUGAAAUCUGUGAGGUGUCCCAACACAAACAACUGAUGAUGACCCUGCCUGCCUCCUUGCCUGCAAGUACCCCAUCUGACUACCCAGGGCUGGGCAUGAUGAAAAGUGCAAAGUCUCUUUAAUUCUGUAUAUGGCUUUCUUAUCUGUCUUUCUCACUGUAACUAUAAGCUUACUUACCAGGGUUUUGUCAAGACACUCAAAGUUCUUGUCUCAGAGUCUGUUGACAGCCUGUGUGAAUAGUGACUCUUUGUUUUGGCACAGUGGAAAAAAAGAGGGAGUUUUAAAUGAAAGUGUCUGUAUAUAUGAAGAACUGCUAUAUCUUAAGACUCUUUUCUCUGCAGUAUAAUGAAUUUUAUGUAAUACUGCGGCUCACUUCUGGUACAGUGUGGCAUAUUGUGGAGUACUGAGAGUGCAGAACUAAAGACACCAGGAAGACAACAACCUGUAAUGUGUGAGACUUCAAUGCAGAAGAUUACAGCAGAUGUAUUGAAAUAAUCCAGAAAGCACCACAGUAUGCCAUACACAGAGUAACAAACCUCUAUCAAAAGACCCAUGUAAUAGUAAACCACUUUGAUCGCUUUCCUGCUCCACAGCUACAUUGCUGUAACCUCCCUUUUCCUUUAUUCCGUUUAGGAGGCUCACUUUCUUUUAUGGUCUGUUCUUCUGAUAAUGACUUAGCAAUCAUGGAAAAGGUGCUAUUCUGAGCUGCAGAUCCCCAUGUAUUUUGGCAGUCUGAAACUACCAGAUGAGUAUUAGUCCAGGAAACAGUGGCUAUUAGCUGCCAUAUUACAAUUUUCUGUCUCUUGACCGCAMAAGAAGUGCGGUGCUGAAGGUGAAACAGCUAAUGCUAUCCCACAGUUACAAUGGGCAGCUUAAGUGUGAGGACCCUUGUGCUGGUGUGGGAGGAUAAAUGAAAGCUGGGACAGAUGUCAGAGAUGUUUAUUGUAUGGUGAUGGAGGAAGUAGGUGGAAGUUCUAUUGUAAGAGUUUCAUCAGCAUAACAAGAAUCUGCUCUUACAUUAAGGAAGCUUAAGAGCUAAAUCCAUGUGGGAAGUGAAAGAGUACUUACUUUCUAGGAAAGGAAUACAGGGCAAUGGUGGUAGCCAAAAUGGAGCUUGUAAGACAGGAGUGUUUUCAUGCCUGGAGACUGAUGAAUAUCAUACACCUCAAGAAAAAUAAUCUUGAAAGCUUUCAGAAGCACAAGUGCCAAAAUUAUGAGGCAUGACUAGUUACCAGCAUAGCUCAGUGUUAUUAUAGUGAACAAUUAUUUUGACAUUGUGUUUACCCAGGAGAUUCCACCCCUAAUUUCAGAGUGGAAAGGCAAAGAGAAAAAUGUAAGAAGCAGCAGCUAAUAGUGUAAGCUUAAUAAAAAAAAAUCAGAAGCCAGGAUUCAUAACCAGUGUUUGACAGCAUAACCUUUGUAAAGAGCAUAUAUAUUAAAUGUAGUUAUUGACCUAUCAUUUUUAAUGGAUGACGUCCUGAAGUCAAGAGUGUUUUUAACUUUUUGCUGGUUACCAAAGUGUACCUAUGAGUGUAUUAUUAUAAUUUGGGAUUUUAAAGCUCUGAGAUAAUCUUGGGAUAUUUUUAUCAAAUAGAUGAACAGCUCAGUACCAUGUUGCUGAAAUAUUGGCAUAUAUCUCUGCCUGUAUCAACUAUUGCUGAUUUGGACUGAUAUUUUGGUAUUACUGGUUUUUGCAGUAUUUUGGUGGUAAAGGCCAAACUGUGGAUUAAAAACAAACCAGCAACAAAACAAACAACCCUGACAGCAUGUAAAUGUAGCAAC